CUAGUUCAAAGCCCACAUUCCUAUUUUAUGGAUGUAAAAGGUCCAGGUUGCUACAAGAUUACCAAGAUUACCACGGUUUUCAACCAUGCUCAGAUGGUCUUUAUUUGUGGGGGCUGUUCAACAGUGUUGCUGUGCAAGCCAACAGAAGGAAAGGCCAGACUCACAGGGUGUUCUUCACUUAGAAGAAAGCAACACUAG